GCUCGCGACCAGCAGACAGAGGGAUGGUCUCGCGCUCAUCAGGUCAUGUUGUCCGCGCGGCUGGAGACCUGCCGGCGUGUCACCUUCAGCGGCGCGGGGACGGUUCCGGUACCGACUCCAGCUGGAGGACCUGAGGCCAGGAUGAGCAGGGAGGCGUGUCCUAGCAAGCUGGGAUCAACCAAUCACCUCCGGCUGCUCCUCUACAUCCUGAUUCCCACCGUGAGCCUGCUGGCCGGUCUGCUGCUGCUGGUCCUGGCCCUCACAGGUAUCUUCGGCAGCGGCCUCUUAGUCUCCUCCCCCCUCCCUUCCCCUGAGCCCAUCGCCGACAGCGAGCCCAGUUACCACGUCAACAGCACAAGCCCCGCCCCCUUCUACGAGGUGGAAAACGUCACAGAUUGGAUGAGAAACCGCAGCGGCGGUGACAUCACGAACAUCCAUGAACGCAGCCUGAGCACACCUGCUGCAACCACCAGCGCUCCUCCAGCACCCGCCUUCUCUUCCUCCUCUCAGGCCACGCCCACCAGACCCCACACCGAGCCCCCUGACUGGCUGACGUCGGUGACGUCACUGAGCACCGCCUGGCCAAUCAGCAGCACGUCAGCGCCUGAUUCAGGUAGCUGUCAGCCAAUCGUGGAGCCUCAGUGUCACAUGUUGCCUUACAACCAGACAUGGCUGUCCUCUUCUGUCGCCGUGGUGAAGAGCUCAGAGGUCGACAUGUUGCUAAGGUUUUUCAGCUACCUCAGCAGGCUCUCGUGCUACAGACACAUCAUGCUGUUUGGCUGUUCGCUGGCUCUCCCCGAGUGUAUCGCAGCUGAUGACACACACAGCAGGCGGGUCGUGCUGCCCUGUGCGUCGUUCUGCGAGGCGGCGAGGGAAGGCUGUGAGCCCGUCCUGCAGAUGUUCAACGCCUCCUGGCCAGACUUCCUGCGCUGCUCACAAUUCAGCAACCUCACCUCCUCUCCAUCAUCAUCAUUGUCGCCCAUGGCAACAGCGGGCCCCGCCCCUCCUUCCUGUUACACACCGAGACAGAUCAAAGGGAAACCCUCUGUGUGUGGUGGGAAAGAUGACUUCCUGUGUGCGACAGGGAUUUGUGUCCCUCAGAAACUGGUGUGCAACGGGUACAACGACUGUGACGAUUGGAGCGACGAAACCCAGUGUGUGUGCACAGAUGGAGAGUUUCGCUGUAACACUGGUCGGUGUCUGUCGCCCUCUCUGGUGUGCGAUGGUUAUGAUGACUGUGGCGACCUGAGCGACGAGUACAACUGUGUCUGUAAUCUGUCUUGGGAACACCGCUGUGGCGACGGUCGCUGCGUGUCUAAAGACUGGCUGUGUGACGGAGACCACGACUGUCUGGACAAGAGCGACGAACAAAACUGCUCCUGUAAGAGCCAAGGUCUGCUGGAGUGCAGGAACGGUCAAUGUAUCCCGUCUGCCUUUCGCUGUGACGGCGAGGAUGACUGUAAAGACGGCAGCGAUGAAGAGCACUGCAGCAGAGAGCAGAGUCAGGGUGUGUGCAUUCCCGGUCAGCCCAGCUGUAUCUCCACUUCCUGUCCGUCGGUGUGUAGCGGAGGCAGCAGCACCUGUGACCCCCGAAACAACAACAACAACUGCACUCGCUGUGAGCCAAUCAGCUUGGAGCUGUGUAUGAACCUGCCCUACAACAUGACCAGUUACCCAAACUACCUGGGCCACCUGUCCCAGAGAGAGAGCUCCGUGUCCUGGGAGUCGUCGCUGUUCCCCGCCCUGGUCCAGACCGGCUGCUACCAGUACCUCAUGUUCUACGCCUGCACCCUGCUCGUCCCCAAGUGUGACCCCGUGACCCUGCAGAGGGUCCCGCCCUGCAGGUCGUUGUGUCGUAACGCUAAGGGGAAGUGUGAGUCGGUGCUCGGCAUUGUGGGAUUGCAGUGGCCUGAAGACUCUGACUGCAGUCAGUUUCCAGAAGAAGGGGGAAACGCCACCUGCCUGCUGCCAGAGGAUGGUGUCGAUGAAUGCUCCCCCAGUCACUUCAAGUGUCGCUCAGGACGCUGCGUCCUGGCAACCAAACGCUGCGAUGGACACCUGGACUGUGAUGACCACAGCGAUGAGGACAACUGCAGCUGUUCUGAGCGCGCUCUGUGGGAGUGUCCAGGCAGUAAGGUGUGCAUUAAAGCCAAUAUGAUCUGUGAUGGAUUCCCAGACUGCCCCCUGCUGGUGGACGAGGCUAACUGCUCUGUCUGCAGAGAUAAUGAGCUGUCCUGUAACAACCAUCAGUGUGUUCACCGCACUCUGUGGUGUGACGGGAAGAAACACUGUUCAGACAGCUCCGACGAGUGGAACUGUGUGUCCCUGGCCGAUCGGUCGGGCUCGGUGCUGACAGUGUUCAGGACGGCAGCAGAGUAUCAGGUGUGUGCAGACGAGUGGAACCAUGAUCUGAGUAAACUGACCUGCAGCCAGCUGGGACUAGGAGUUCCCUCCUCUGUUUCCAUGGUAGCCGACCAGCCUGGAGUCCCGGGUCGUCGCCGUUGGUUACACGUCCAUCCUGAGUGGAACCUGAGGAACGGUUCUGCUCUGCAGGCCCGGCUGGAGAAGAGAAGCCAUGCCUGCCAUUCCAGGAGGAGAGUUUCUGUUCUCUGCACCAGAGAAGAAUGUGGUCUACGACCAGCCAUGAGGCUCCACCCACACAGGAAGAAAAGGAUUCUGGGAGGUCGCGUGUCACGAAGGGGGGCGUGGCCAUGGCAGUGCUCGCUUCAGAGUGGUCAGAGUGGACACGUGUGUGGCUGCGUCCUGAUCGCCCGGCGGUGGGCUCUGACCGUCGCCCACUGCUUUGAGGGGAGGGAGAGCGCCGACCUCUGGAAGGUGGUCCUGGGUCUGAAUAACCUCGACCACCCUGGGGUUCACAGUCAGAGCCGCGGGGUGCGCUCCAUCAUCGUACAUCCGCGCUACAACCGGGCCGUGGUGGACUACGACAUCAGCGUGGUGCAGCUGGACUCAGAGGUGGAGGAGACGGCAUUCGUCAGACCCGUGUGUCUACCUGAGCUGGGCCAGCUUCCUUCUCCUGACUCCUACUGUUACAUCACGGGCUGGGGUCACAUGGGCAACAGGAUGCCGUUUAAACUCCAGGAGGGCGAGGUCCGCAUCAUCUCUCUGUCUCAGUGCCAGUCCUACUUCGACAUGAAGACCAUCACUCCCAGAAUGCUUUGUGCCGGUUAUGAUGCUGGGACCGUUGACUCAUGCAUGGGCGACAGCGGUGGCCCUCUGGUGUGCGAGGAGGACGGCGGGCGCUGGACGCUGUUUGGUCUGACGUCCUGGGGCAGCGUCUGCUUCAGUAAAGUUCUCGGACCCGGGGUGUACAGCAACGUGACGCACUUCACGCCCUGGAUCCAACAGCAGAUCUACGUCCACACCUACCUGAACGACUGACGCACGCUCACACUUCCUGUCCAGCAUUCCAGGAGGAAGUGAUGUCAUCGUCGGUCUCCCCUUCAGUUCCUCUACAUGUGCCUAUAUCUAAACGGAUAGCCUUCAGACGCUAGCUGCUGCGUUAGCAGUGCUAUACAUUAGCAUUACGGAUGCUAAUUAGUUAGCUGGUAGAGCUGUUGUUGUCAAAGUAAACUUUAUUGUUCUUACGAUUAACAUUCACUAAAUUAUUACCAGUCGAUAUUCAGAGACAUGGACGGAAGCAAAAAAAGACCAAAAGAGGCAAAACUCACAAACCGGAGCUUCAAAUUUCACCUAAACUGAAAUCUUCCUGUGAAAAUACGGACAAAUAUUUAACAAAAGAGCAUUUAUACGAGAAUUCAGGGAACGUACGGAAGCCUGGAGAGGACAGUAUUUUUUAAUUAUUCUUUUUUGUGAGUAAAUUUUGUUCAUCAUGUUCACUAAUGUUGACUAAUUAACUCAUUAACCUGGAAAAAUGAUUUAAACCUGCAGGAAAAUCUACAAGUUAAAGAAAAACACAGAAAUUCACAUUUUAACAAUAAACAGAUGACGACAUGUAAACAUUAAACCAUCCCAGGAAAUCAACGUUUGAUCAGAUGUUUGUCCACUUUGGGCUUCCGUAGUUCAAUCCUCUAAUUAUUGCAACGACGUGGUCACAACGUUCAGCCACGUAGCGCUGGAUUUCUAGAAGCUGCUAGCUUUAACAGACGUGUUAAGCACUCCACUUCCCACAAUGCUUCACUCCACUGUGCCUGCAGUAAAAACACCUGUUACCUGUUGUACUGUACAUGUGAGCGAGAGAGAGAGAGCGAGAGAGAGAGAGAGUUUUAUUUCUGCUUCUUAAACAUCGACGACGUAUUCUGGCAGCUUUGAAGGGCAGCAUUUCUCUCUGAGCUUCAUUUCCUCUGCAGACGUUUCUGUUCUUUACUUCCUCUGCAGACGUUUCUGUUCUUUACUUCCUCUGCAGACGUUUCUGUUCUUUACUUCCUCUGCAGACGUUUAUGUUCUUUACUUCCUCUGCAGACGUUUCUGUUCUUUACUUCCUCUGCAGACGUUUCUGUUCUUUACUUCCUCUGCAGACGUUUCUGUUCUUUACUUCCUCUGCAGACGUUUCUGUUCUUCAUUUCCUCUGCAGACGUUUCUGUUCUUUACUUCCUCUGCAGACGUUUCUGUUCUUUACUUCCUCUGCAGACGUUUCUGUUCUUUACUUCCUCUGCAGACGUUUCUGUUCUUCAUUUCCUCUGCAGACGUUUCUGUUCUUUACUUCCUCUGCAGACGUUUCUGUUCUUUACUUCCUCUGUAGACGUUUCUGUUCUUCAUUUCCUCUGCAGACGUUUCUGUUCUUUACUUCCUCUGCAGACGUUUCUGUUCUUUACUUCCUCUGUAGACGUUUCUGUUCUUUACUUCCUCUGCAGACGUUUCUG